AUGGCGUCCACGACAUCAGCGAAGUCCAAACGGGGUCCCACGGUGCUGGUCACCGAUGCCCGCGAGGUGGUGCAGCAGCGCCCGCCGCCGAUGCCGCGCACCGCCACAACGCGCCUGAUCAGCGUCGACAACGUGCUGCAGUACGCCUCGGAGAUUCCGUCCGGCCAGCGCCGCGGGCCCGCCCCGGAGCGCCCGCGGCACACGCGCACGCCGUCGGGCAGGCACCCGCUGGAGCCCAAGCUGAGCGGCCGCAUGGCUCCGCAGUACAUGCCGUCGCGGUCGAGCAAGGUCAGCGAGAAGCUGGUGCUGCUGCCCGAGGCCGACGAGGAGAAGGCUGAUGAUGACGACCUGCUUGAGGGCUUCCGCGACGACGAGGACGCCGGCCCCCCGGACGACAAUGAGCUGGAACGUAUUAGGAGCCAGCGUGCUGGCGUCAAGGAGAAGUCAUAUGCCGAGCGUCUGCCCAAGGCCAGGCGUGCUGAGAAGCUGGCCCGCGUGACGGCAUACUGUACUGCCCAGUCGUACAAGUUGCGCCCAACCGCGGAUUUCGUCAAGAACCAGCACGGCGCCCGGACCAAGCUGUACGACGAUUGCUUGUACACUGUAUACCACCUACCGCUCCUGGGAGGCCAUGAUGGAUACAGGGUUCGCAGCAGUCCGGUGUUGAAGAGCCCUGGCGGAAAGAGUGUGCUGGACGAAGAGAUUGAGCGAAACGAGAAUAGGGAAUACCACGAGGGCUACUUCGGCGACAACGAGCGCUACGGCAUACGGGCGCACGAAGACGGAGAGUCUCCCAGCCAGAGUCCUCGCAACGGCAGCGUGUCAAGGACAUCAGAUGACAUGCUCGAAUCACCACGCUCGCCGCAUCGGGACAGUUCCCAGCGCUCAAUGUCCCCACCAAGGAUUGCUCCUGAUGCUCUUGCAUUCGGUGAGAUGUUCGUCUACUCCUAUGGCGUUGUUGUCUUCUGGAACUUUACCGAACGCCAGGAGAAGGACAUAUUGGCCGACCUCACUUUUUCGCAAUCCAUCACCAACGUGGCUCUGGUGACGCGCCCGCAGCAGGAAGAGGACUUUGAGACCGAGGAGUUCCACUUCGAGUACAACCCGGAAAUCAACAGGCCCCGUGUCUACAAUGACAUGAUCACCUUGCGGAGUGGUGACCAUAUGAUCAAGUUGGCCAUGAGCCAUGCCAUCGCCCAGAGCACGAAGCUGUGUUUCUUCGAGGAAAGAAUGGCACAGAUCAUGAUCAAGGCGCAAUACGUACCCCGACGUCUCGCCCUCACCGGAAAGCUGGGCAUGCAGCGCGAGGAAGUCGUGAGCAUGUUGGGGCAGCUUUUUGCAAGCAGAGUAGAUGUUAAUCUUUCUUCGAAUAUGCUCGACGUCCCCAACUUCUUCUGGGAAUCGGAACCAACACUGCACCCGCUUUACGCCGCCAUCCGCGAAUACCUCGAGAUCAAGCCCCGCAUCCAAGUCCUCAACGAGCGUUGCCGCGUCUUCCUAGAUCUUGCCGAAAUACUGAGUGACUCCAUCGCCGACAAGAAGAUGACUCGCAUCACCUGGAUCAUCAUCAUCCUCAUCAUUCUCUCCAUCCUCGUCACCUGCUCCGAGGUCUUCCUCCGCUUCGGCAUCCUCACCUCAGGCAAGCACAAAGCGCCGGCGGCCGAUGGCGGCGUGCCGCUGCCCAUGUGCUCACCGCGAGAAGAGCUGCUGCAGUAG